AUGAAGUUAGAUGACCACGCCUCGGAUUUGUCCCAGUUGUCUUGGUGGCUAAAGGACAAGUUAUUAUGUCUUAUUGUCUUUGUACAUAUAACUACGGCAACAAGAGAAAGUGAAAAUUCAAUCGCGACAUCAAAUACCACAUAUUUGCCAACACAACCCCUUAAGGAUAAUUCCAAUAUCAGAAUAAUUAAAGUCAAUGCCGAGCAAGCACACUUAGUGGAACAAACAAAACAACAGCAACAACAACAAUUGCAGCAUCAACUUCAACAGCAGCAGCAACAACAACAACACUCAGCAUCAUCCAUAUCAUCCCCUAGUAGUAACACUACAAACAACCACAACGGUUCUACCACAAACCACUUGACAAACACAAAAGUCGUUGGGAAUACAGCAGCGUCAUCGACCUCUUCAUCGUCAACCCCAAAUACCCCCAAGGCGAAUAACAAUAACGGCGAACGCCCUCUCAAGUGUUUAGAGACUUUGGCACAAAAGGCCGGCAUAACAUUUGACGAAAAAUACGAUUUUGCCACGCCAACAACAAAUACCACGCCCCCACCACCACCACAACAGCAGCAACAACACCAACUGCAAUCCCAACACCAACAACAACAAAUACACUUGGCCAAUUUACGGGCAUCCUCUGCUGCCUGCACUUCAGCCACAAACACCCACACCUAUACCUCCAUUUCAAUUGUUGGCAGCGGCGGCGGCGGUACUGCCAAUAACAAAAGCUUCAAACUGGAGAAAUCACAGAGUCCAGCCCAACAAGUGGCACCCAAUACGGUGCCACUACAAAUCUCACCCGAACAAUUGCAACACCUACAACAGCUACAUCAACUGCAACAUGGUUCACCCUUUGCAGCCAUCCAAGUCAAACAGGAAUUCCCCACACAGCAGCAUACUCUGUCCACGGCCGGUGGAACUACAACGGAACUUAAACACACCGGUAUGUUGGAUGCGGCCACACAGGGUCAAUUACAACAGAUGCAAAUGCAAUUAGCUGCAGCAGCGGCCGCUGAUGCCAAUGGCGGAGCUGGACCCAACAGUCCGGCCAACCAGCAGGGUGUUAACAAUGGUUUACAGCCACAGCAUUCGACCACCAUAAGCACCAUGUCACCCAUGCAAUUGGCCACAACAACAGGUCAAGUGGCCACAGCGAGUGAUUGGACCCAGGGACGGACGGUACAAUUUAUGCAACCAUCCACCGGAUUUAUUUAUCCCCACAUGGUGUUGCCGGGUAAUCUGAUACAAUCAGGUUUGGGCCAACAGCCAAUACAAGUCAUUACAGCCGGCAAGCCCUUCCAAGGUGGACCCACACAAAUGAUUGCCACCACACAAAAUGCCAAGCAAAUGUCUAUUGGGGGCAAUGCUGGGUUUCCCAGUGGCACCACCUAUGCCAUUCCAUCCAGUCAAUCACAGCAGACGUUGUUGUUUUCUCCCGUUAAUGUCAUCUCCCAGUCUCCGCAGCAGCAAAAUAUUCUGCAAGCUAUGACCCAGGCUGCAGCAAAUGCCCAACAGGCCCAGCAACAACAACAGCAGGCUCAACAACAACAGCAACAGGCCCAACAGCAGGCUCAGCAACAAAAAGCCACAGUAGAUGGUCAAAAGGGCCUACAACAGAAGGUGGUACAAAAAGUCACCACGACCACAAAUACCGUUCAAUCGGCCACCGCCAGUGUGGCACAACAACAACAGCAGCAACAACAGGCCCAACAGCAAUGUGUCCAAGUGAAUGCUCAAACGGCAGCCGGUAUGGCAGGCGGGGCAACACAAAUCAUAAGUCCGCUUCAGCAAGCCACGGGGGCACCACAAUCUCUGCAAAUAAAUCCGCAAUGGGUUCCCUUCUGGCCGAAUGGUCUCCAACAAUUGGCUCAAAAUCAAAUAAUUAUACGUGGCACACAACCGGAUGGGACACAGGGUGUGUUCAUACAACAGCCGACGGGUCCAACGCUGCAGGCUCAACAACAAAAUCAGAUAACCCUACAAUGUACCCAGACGCCCACAAAGCAACGUACCCAAUUGGAUCAAUUACAGGCGGCGGCAGUUAAACAACAACAGGUUGCUGCCGGUCAGGCUACAGCCGCUGCUGCUGCCCAGCUACAAGUCAAUCAGCAACAGCAGCAGCAACAACAGGUUGCCAAUGCCGCGGUGCAACAACAACAGCAACAGCAGGCUGUGGUGGCUGCCCACCUUCAACAACAAGCUGCUGCCGCUGUGGUCGCUGCAGCCAAUCAACGUGGUGCGGCACAAAUUAUGCCCCAGGCUGCCGGUGCACAAAUACGACCAGCCUCCUCCGUUUCCACACAGACGGCUCAAAAUCAAAGUUUGCUCAAACAGAAGAUGCGCACCAAACAGCAGGCGGUAAGGCCAGCAUUGCCGCAACUGAAGCAAGAACCCAAUACCGUGCAGCAAGUGCAACAGCAGCAGGUGGUUAAAGCCCAGGCAGCCACAGUGGCUGGUUUACAGCAACAGAUGACGGCUGCCGUGGCAGGGCAGCAGCAAGGUCAGCCCACAAUGCAUCAAGUGGUGACAUCGGGUGGAAAACAAAUGGUGGUUAUGAGUGCUGGUACACCAAUCACCAUACAAAAUGGCCAAACUCUACAGCAGGCAGUGGAUAAGCAACAGCAACAACAACAGCAGCAGCAACAAUUGCAAUUACAGCAAAUUCAAAAACAACAACAGCAGCAACAACAAGUCCUGUUGCAACAACAAUUGAUACAACAACAAAUUGCUCAAAUACAAUUGCAACAACAACAGCAACAGGCCGCAGCAGCCGUACAACAACAGCAGCAACAUCAGCAAUUGCAACAACAAGCCGUACAGGCGGCUCAACAGCAGCAACAACAGCAAGUAGGUCAAGCUCAACAACAACAGCAGCAACAACAACCGCAAAUCCAACUGCAAACUGUGGGUGGACAAACAUUCAUAACCACUCAGCAACAACAACAAUUGCAAAAUCAAAUUUUGCAACAACAACAACAGUUGCAGCAGCAGCAACAACGUGAUGGUCAGCAGCAGCAGGCCCAACAGGGACAAAAUAUCAUUCAUCAAAUCGUGGUGGCCCAGUCACCACAACAUCAACAACAAGCAGCCCAACAGCAGCAGCAACAACAACAGCAAUUGCAACAACAAAUCACAGUACCAUUUUCAGUGUCCUCAUCGACACCGGCCUCCAUUGCUAGCUCGGCAAGUGCCCUACAGCAGGUGACCUAUCACACCAAGACAUCUAAUUCACUGCCCACCACAUCUGUGGUGACAAUAUCGAAUCAAACCGGUCCCUUGGUGACAAGUACUGUGGGUUUGAAUCAAUCCCAAUUGCAACAACAGCAACAAUUGAUUGCCGCCACCAUUGCUGCGUCACAGCAACAACAUCAGCAGCAGCAACAACAGGCCCAAUUGCCUACCGUUAUGCCACCACCCUCUUCUCCUGCUCAAAAUCCAAUUUUGGCUAUGGCCUCCAUGAUGAAUGCUGCUGCUGGUGGCACUCUAAACACCAGCUCUACCACAUUGAAUAAUGUCACCAAUGCCACCACCGUUCCCAUGACAUCGCCUCUCACCAACAAUGUCACCAGUGUAUCUUCCCUGCCCACAACACCAUCCAAAAGUGCUUUGGAUCAAUUGAAAACCGUGUCCAGUGCACCCAGUACUCCAAGUACCACUGUGACGGCGGGUAAUUCGCAAAAUGCGAACGGUCAACAAAUGCUUUCAGCACCUUCGACACCAGUCGUUGUUAGUUCGGAUACUAGUGGUGGCAAAGAUACCCCAUCCAACAAAACAAACGAAUUAAAUCGUAUGGCUGAUAAUGCCACACCCACCGGGGUACUUAAUCAAACGGAUAGUAACACAAAUAAUAUGGGACAAACCACAACAACAUCAUCUCCAGCCGCCAUAACAGCUUCCAAUAAUAGUGGUAGCCAGGAAAAUUCUUCUUCCAUGCCACAGCCAAUGGAUACCUCGGAAAAUGCAAACAAUCAGCAAACACCUCAGCUGCCUCAACAGGAAGAUAAUGCCGAAAACAAACAACAGCAGUCCAACGAUGUACAAUCCACAACCCAAACAACAACUGAUAGCAACAAUCUGUCUUCACCCACAAAAACUUCAAGAUCGUCGAACAAUCAAACUCCCAGCUCUACGGAAAACAACUCCGUGGCUGGUGAUAAAACCAAUGUUGUUUCUACAUCACCGGAAGAUAACACAAAUUCGAAUACAUCAGCUGUUGCACCAACAACAACAAGUACAUGUAGUUCUUCUAGUACGUCCAUAACAACAACAUCGUCGUCCAAUAGUAGUUCAACCACAACAUCAACAACAUUUACAACCACCACUGCUGCUGCCACAGCUUCUGUCACUGCCACCACACCCACCACAAAAUCUUCAGGUGUGUCACCACCCAAAACCACACCGGGUGCCACAACGGCUAAAGUUGAAAAAGAUUUACCCAAGGCAAUGAUUAAACCUAACGUUUUGACUCAUGUCAUCGAUGGCUUUAUCAUUCAGGAAGCCAAUGAACCAUUCCCGGUGUCACGUAAACGUUAUACCGAUAAAGAUGAUAGUGAUGAAUUGCCACAGAAAAAACAAGCCCUCGAUGAUUCGACAAAUACUGGUAAUACAAACAACAACUCCCUUAACUCAACGAGUCCACUGCCACCGGAUAUGGUGGCUUGCGAACAAUGCGGUAAACCUGAGCAUAAAACUAAACUGAAAAAGAAGCGAUACUGUUCACCGACAUGCGCCCGACAGGCGAAAGCUUCGAUUGGUCAGGAGCAACACAAUCAAAAUCUGCAACAGCAAAACGAUAAUAACACAACUAAUGGCCUGGUGGGAGCAGGAAUGCCCGGAGCUGGCGGAAUGGCUCUCAAUAAUGUCAAUGAUACAUCAUCCGUUGUUACCAAUAACAAUGGCAUACCCAUGGAUAUUGGUGGUGGCCAUGCAUUGGCAACAUCUAUGAUCCCUGUUAAUGUUGGUAUGGUUGAUACGCCGCUGGUGGCGGCAAUGCCUAUGGUACCAGCUCCUACUCUUGCUCCGGCACCAAUUCAAAUGCCUAUGCCUGCACCACUGAUGAAUGAUGUGGCGGGGUCAGUUUCCUCGGCAGCCCAAAUUGCCGCCGCCAUACCCACUGCUGCUGCUGCCACAAUGAAUGCCAUGCCAUCAGUGGCGGCGGCUGCAGCUGCUGCAGUCCCGCCCACAAUUGAUCAACAGCCACAAAUGGCCAAUUGGACAGUGGCCGAUGUCUGUGAAUUUAUUAAAAAUCUUCCCGGCUGUACGGAUUAUGUGGAUGAUUUCGAACAACAGGAGAUUGAUGGCCAGGCUUUGUUGUUGCUCAAAGAAAAUCAUUUGGUCAAUGCUAUGGGUAUGAAAUUGGGACCGGCUCUCAAGAUUGUGGCUAAAGUGGAAUCCAUGAAGGAGGUAUCGGCUGCGGCCAUGAAUGCAGCAAACAAUGCUGCGGCGGCGGCAGCUGCUGCUGCUAACAACAUGGAUAUGCAGUAG